UCGGGUCCAUUGCGGCGGACUACAGCUACACCAGGCAGUGGAAGAAGGACCAGUUGCAAAAGCAGCUACAGCACGCUUAGAGGCAAUCGCCAAACUACCAGUUCGUCCACUCAACCGAUUCACCGAUCAACUUCUAACAUGAUUUUCGGACUCACCCGCCAGUACGCUUGGACCGCGGUGCCGCUGACCGGGUUCUGCAUCGGCUGGUUCCUCGAUUGCAAGGAGACGGAGCGCAUGACGAUGUUCCGCGACAAGAGCGCAUUGUACGGGCGCACGUUGAAGGAGGGAGAGAAACCGUCGUGGCCAUAGGAAGGAAGGACCUUAACCAAGCAGGUGUCUAGGUACAGCGAUGAAGCUUAUGGUUUUAGGCCAACGAUACCAUCAUAGCAAUCGAAAUACACUGAUGUUCUGAUCUUAAAGAAGGUUGGUU